UUACCAUACAAAACAGAGAGGAGGAGGAAGCACCGAAAAAAAACAUCGCUUUGGUCGACGUGUAAACUUAAACCCCCACUCAAAUUUCCUCCUCCUUUCACUUCCUCACGCAAAACCCACAAAAAAGACAGAACAAGAAUUCACUUCUCUCAUUGAAUCCGCCAUUGUUACAACCUCCAUGAACACCCCCACCGACACUUCUUCUCAGCCCCAUCGAAACCCACUUCUUCAUCACCAUCGCCAGCCUCCAUUGAUGGAAUCUGACAAAGCAAACGGCAAGAUCAACAUUACCUCGUCAUCAUCGGCUCGUGAGCAGAGCCAGGAGCAAGUAAUAUUGCCGUUUGAGGCUUCGGAUUCGGACAAGAAACAGAAAGAGCAGCAACAGCGAGAAGAAGGGCAAGAAGAGCAAGGAAAACACGAGCAAGAACAUGAAGACGGAGAGGAACAUGGUGAGGACGACAUUAAUGGGAGGGAGAAGCUGAACAGGCACAGGAGACAAGUUGCAGGUAGGGUUUGGAUUCCAGAGAUAUGGGGACAGGAAGAGUUCCUCAAAGACUGGAUCGAUUGUUCCACCUUCGAUUCUUGUCUGGUCCCCACCGGAAUCUCCUCGGCUCGUUCUGCUCUGGUCGAAGAAGCUCGUCGAGCUUCUUCGAAUGGUGGCUUACCCCUCCAGAAUCGGUGCUUGAUCUUACGUUAAUUAAACAUACACACACAUAUAUAUGUAAUUGUAUGUGUUCUGUCUUUUUUUCUUUCAAAAAUAAGACGUACCAUUUAUUGGAAUCUUCCAUGGAUUUGUGCUUCUGUUGCAUAGAUGAUUGAUUUACUCCAUGGAUGGACACACUGAUAUUUAGCAAAAUGCAAGUUUGUUCA